CCUCAGCCGCAUGCUGUUACUACACACAUCAGCAUUUGACUCUGACUUGUUUAACAGAGAAGCCGCAAACACAUCAUCUCCCCACUCCCUGCUGUGAAGUUUAAACCUCCACAUCGCUGUCAGCCUUUUAACAGCUGCUUAACUGAGACAAUAAAGAAAGAUCUGUUGGGUUCCCAUCUGUCACGUUUUCUAGUAAAUCAUAUUGUGCAGUUUUAGUCCUAAACAGUGCUGCAGCCAUACAAUACGAAAAUCUGAACAAUCUCACCGCGGUGGAUCAAUUUAAGAUUGUCCUACAGCACUUCAUGGACCGAUGACUAAUGGCUGACUGUAAAUGGCAUGAAUCAUUAUAUAAGUUGCUUAUUUAUUUAAUAACUCAAUGAGGGUGUGUCUGUGUUGCCGCUACUACUACGGCAUGCAGGAUGGGCCAAACGCGCUCUGAUCUAUCUCACAGCACUGCCACCCCUGGCAGAGCGAAAUGGAAAGCAGACGAGAAAGCUAAUCGACUUCGUAUCAGCACAUUUAGAAGCGAAAAGAAGCAGCGGAAUGAGCAGUUGAACAGGAAUCCGAUGAAAAAUAAAGUGUUAUCGUGUUUGGGAAGGAGAAAGCGAGACUCCAGCCAAUCUGAAGCGGAUUUAGGUUGCGGAAACGCAGCCGCGGAUCCAGCAAGGCGCCGCGGCCACAGAGUGGGAAAGUUGCCCAGGGACGAGGUUGUGUCGGCAGUAGGAGAGCAUCGAGCAGCACCGGGUUGUUUUGAGACUCCAUCAGGCCCAGGUGAAAAUGUCGAAGCUUUCAAGCUCUCCCUGAACCGAGAGGCAUCGCCUGGCCCGUCCGAUGCGUCGGGCUUGGAAACGCGGAGCGCUGAAGUUACAAGUGCGGGCAGCGAGGAGCAGAGACCCGUGCGAGAGGACAAUGCCUCGUAUCCCCCAACGAGGGCCAUGGAAGAGCAGCCACUGGGGGGAAGCAGCCAGGAUCCCAUUGUGUCUGAGUUCAGGGUGUUUACUGACACUAAUCUGAGUUUAGCUCCGCUUCCCACCUCUGAUCCGGACACUGAAAGGACUUUGUCCAGCUUGCCCCCGGGUCAACAUUUGGAUGAUGCACCAUUGACAAAGAAGGAUCACGUUGAAGCUAAAAUGACAAAAACUGACUGUAGCAAGCUUUCAUGUCCAUCCAAAGCCGUCAAUGACCAGAAUAAAUGCUUUCCGACUAAAACUGAGAGCCUAAAUGACUCUGAUCAGACCCACCAGGGUCCCCCAGGAGGCCAGAGUUUUCCAGGAACCAUACCGAAACUAAUCAUAACAAGAGACCCCAGUCCUAUCUGCCCCCAAGAGACGACGGACCUGCUGACGGUCCGAAAGGAGCUCCCCUCUGGCUCAUGUCUGGAAGCUCAUCCCGAUGACGAGUCUCCCUGCUCGGACAGCGGCUGUGGAGGGUCCCCAGCUUUGAUGCGCUCCCUGAGGAAGCUGUCCAACUCAUCUUCAAUAGGCCUUUCCUCAGCCUCGUCCUUCGAGGAGUCUGAGGACGACUACACCGGCAGCGACAUCGAGUCCAGUCUGUCUCCGGCCCGGUCUCUGUGCAGUCCGGAUGACGGCACGGGGAAUAAAUCCUGGCAGAAGCUGAAGACCAUGGUUCACUGGUCCCCAUUUGUCGUGUCCUUCAAGAAGCGUUACCCAUGGGUGCAGCUGGCCGGCCAUGCAGGUAACUUCCAGGCUGGAGAAUAUGGACGCCUCCUGAAGCGAUAUUGUGAGUGUGAGCAGCAGUGCCUGCAAAAGUUAAUGAAGGACAGUCUGCGUCCCUAUGUGCCUGGAUAUUAUGGCGUGGUGCAGAGAGACGAACAGGACUAUAACCUUAUGGAUGACUUGCUGGCUGAAUUUGACUCUCCUUCCAUUAUGGACUGCAAGAUGGGUAGCCGGACAUACUUGGAGGAAGAGCUGAUAAAAGCCAGAGAGCGCCCACGUCUGCGGAAGGACAUGUUUGACAAGAUGGUUGCAGUGGACCCCGGAGCCCCUACAGAGCAGGAGCGGGCUCAGCAAGGCGUCCUAAAACCCCGGUACAUGCAGUGGAGGGAGACUCUCAGCUCCACCGCUACCCUGGGCUUUCGCAUUGAAGGCAUAAAGAAAGCUGAUGGAACUUGUAACACCAACUUUAAGAAGACUAAGUACAGAGAGCAAGUGAUGCAGGCUUUGGACGACUUUGUUGAUGGCAACACUCAGAUUCUGAAACUCUACCUGCAGCGGUUGGAGGAACUUCGCUCAGUCCUUGAGCAGUCAAACUUUUUCACAACACACGAGGUCGUAGGCAGCUCUCUUCUGUUUGUGCAUGACACCUCUGGAAAGGCUAAAGUGUGGAUGAUUGACUUCGGGAAGACAGUUCCCCUGCCAGACUCUCGGACCCUGGACCACAGGACUCCAUGGGCUGAGGGCAACAGGGAGGAUGGCUACUUGUGGGGACUGGACAACCUCAUAGACAUAUUCAGCAGUAUGCUCCCUCAAACACCUUGAGAGGAGCACAAAAAUCAGAAGACUGCAGGAAAAGAUGUCCAGUAUUUGGAGGAAAGACGAGGAAGAAAGAGAUGAGACAAAGUGAGAUUGGAAAAGGUUUUGUUCGUUUUUUUAAAGAGCCUUCCUAUGAUCCAAGUGUCUUAAUCCGCUCAUAUCUACCUGUGUAAAGUGCAAAGCAAAAAAAAGGAAAAAAUAAGCAUGAUUUCUAUUGCAAAGUGGAAUAUCCAACUUGGGACUGAUGAUAUGCAUUAUGUGGAGCUUCAGGUGCAGGUGACAUGAGUAGAAGCAAACUGUGGAGGAAAGGACUUUAACCUUCAAGACUAACUUUUGUUACUUCAACUGUUCAGUUUCCUGAGAAUGCAGUCCUCUAACUAAAGGACCUCUAACAAUCACUUUUUCUGCAAAGACACUAUUGCUCAUGUCCCUCAAGAGCUCCCUCUCUUGAUUCACAACGCACAUAGCAAUCACAGCCACGGGGAUGAUCCAGAGAAAAACCCUCUUUUGUUGUUCUUUACACAGCCCUUCAGAAGCAUUUGAAAUUUGAAGUUUUAUUGUAAUUAUAGACCAUUUUUGAAGUUUAAUUACAGCAACACUAAAACGCUGGUGGUCCGACCAUGUGUUAAUUAACUCGGUGUGUAAAUACAGCAUAAUUUAAUCUUUUUGUUUUGGCUUUGGGAUAACUUUUUUUUUGUACAACUUCUGUGCCUAGCAUUUUUAGGAUAGUAGUUUGAUCAUUCCAGUUCAGAGGAUUUUCUCCACAGAGUUCACCCAAGUAUAAACAGACUUCCAUCAUAUCUUAAAAUUUUGCUUUUAUUAGAAACUGUGUUCUUAAUUAGAUUUUUCUAUUAAAUAAUGUUUGGAACAUUUUUCUUUUCCACACAAAUGUAUGGUAAGAAGCUUAGCAGCCAUGUUUCUUUGGAAUUUGUUGCACUAUAGAGCCUCUCAAAGCCAUUGAACAAAACAAGCAGUGCCUCGUGUCUUAAGAUUGAAAGCGGCAGUAAAGUGCUGGGUUUACAGUCAACAUGAAUAUAAUUUUGUGUUCGAUUCUCUCUGAUCACUAUUGUGUUAAGUUUUAUGGUAAAGCAGUGGUGAGAGGGGUUAAAUGAAACUGGAAUUAAGUGAACCAUCUAUUUAGGCUUUAAAAUGGUUUCACUUGAUCACAAAACUGGAGAUUUUUAAAGUAACUUGGAGUUUUUAAAGAUGAGUCAUACCUGAAUACAAGAAAAUUUCUUAUAAACUUCAUUUAUAAGACAUAUGCUAUAAACCACAUUUAGCUACACUAAACUGGAUAUAUAUGGGUCUGCAUUUGUAGUUUUCAACACAGUAAGCAAAGGAACAUUGUUUGUUUAAAUAUCAGAGCAGGGCUUGUGAGCAUAUUUGGUAUUCCAUGCUUGGAUGCAACAGGGUGGUCAGUCUUCCAGAUGUCCUUUGAUAGUGUCAAGCAGCUAUUUUGGCAUGUGUGUAGAGUUUGUUCACCCAGUACACAAACUUACACAAACCUGCAGACGUUCAACUUGAUGAAAUUGGAAUUUUAAUUCAGGAAUUCAGAUUUUUUUUUAUCUCUGAAAAGUAGGCAAACUAGGGGAGAGGAAUGCUUGUGUUUACAAAGUGUUAAAAUUCUUUGCCCACAAAUUCUCUAUAUUUGUAAUGUGAUAAGCUGUCAGGUUUUCAAACUGGGUGCUGCUUUCUAAGCAAGAGAACUGGAUAUGAAACAUGUUUUGUAUUUUAAAGGCAGUGUGUUUAACAGUUGCAAAACCUAAGACUGUGUGGUGGAAAUUGUUAAUAAAACCUGCUUUAUCCAA